CUCAUUUCUCUUCUCCUCUCCGUGAUAUCUUCACCCAAAAGUUCUGCGUGUUUUCCUGUCUCUGUCUCUGUUUGUUUUCUUUACACGACAAUCAUUCAAUCCAUCGAAAGGAAAUCCCGUUACCACUGCUUCCUUGUCCCUCCCUUUUUCGAGCCGGUCGACGUCGAUAUCUCCUCCGUCACCCCAACCAUCCCUGAUUCUCAGUUCUUUCGAUUCUUGCCAGGUUGAACCUAGGCCCAUCUUACCAAUACAGACUUUCGGACGUUCAAAUCCAGCACAUUAUCAACCUCGAUUUCGAGUUAUUAGCAUCAACUUCCGCGGCACGAAUUUGUAUCCAGCCAAGCAUAUCCGCAGCGUUCGCGUCACAUAUAUACACAUAUAUCUACAUCGGUGGAAGAAUCUCUCCGUUCUUACUGGUGGCUUAGGGUGUGGAUCCCGCGUCAAUUCACAUCCGCAUCAACAUGAUGUUACAAUCCUUUAACAUACUACCAUCUCUUAUCCUGUUACUGAAUACCCUGCCGGCCGGAGUUCUCGCAAGCCAGAUCCUCAAAACGACUGGAUUCAGCACAUGUUUACCGAAUCCCGAUAUUACGGUUCAAAAUGUGGAUGUUGAAUAUGACAAUAGUGACAAGACGGUGACGUUCAACUUGGCUGGGACUAGCAGCCAAACUAUGAAUGUAACCGCUCAGCUGAAUGUUACUGCAUAUGGCACGACAGUAUAUCAUAACGAGUUCAACCCUUGCGAUGCAGACACAUUUGUUGCCAAACUUUGCCCUGUACCCUCGGGAUCGUUCUUGGCCACUGGCUCGCAGGCUAUUCCAGCAAAAUAUAGCUCUAUGAUUCCUUCGAUAGCAUUUUCCAUUCCCGACAUAGCGGCGCAGGCAACAUUAGAACUGAAAGCUCUUGAUAGCGGCGAGGAAGUGGCUUGCAUUACCUCAAAAGUAAGCAACGGGAAGACCGUCAACGUACCUGCUGUGUCUUACGUUGCUGCUGGGGUCGCCGGCACAGCUCUUUUAGUGACCGGGUUCUCUACUCUUGGUAGUGCUGCUGCUGGAGGUGGAGCAGGGGCCUCGGGAGGUUUUGGCCCGUCAUUCACUACAACCUUUGGUUGGUUUCAAGGAAUGGCCAUGAAUGGAAUGCUCUCUGUGAACUAUCCACCUAUCUACAGAAGCUUCGCGAAGAAUUUCGCAUUCAGCACGGGCAUUAUUCCCUGGACCUCUAUGCAGACCUCGAUUGAUAAUUUUAGGGCGGCGACUGGUGGCAACCUGACAGGCGACAGUGUCCAAUUCCUACGGAAUGCCACUCUUCAAUAUGGGGAGAGUAGAUCGCCAAUCUCGAUCCGGGCACUAGGUGGACUGGUGGGCCGAGACAUCUCCACAAACGUCAACUCAUCCUCAACGGCCCCUGAACCAACAAACCCCGGAGGCCAAUCUACCUUCUCGGGUAUGAAAGCAUACUUUGAAGAACUAUCCGUUCCUCAGGCCAAUACAUUUAUGACCGUUCUCCUGAUCUUAGCAAUCGUCGUUGCUGUCAUUAUCGUCGGCAUUUUACUCUUAAAGUUGAUCUUGGAGCUCUGGGCACAGCGUGGCUCCUUUCCUCAGAGAUUGGCAGGAUUCAGGAACCAUUAUUGGGGGACAAUGGCGAGGACAAUUGUGAAUCUGAUACUCGUUUUCUACGGUGUUUGGGUACUUUACUGCAUUUUCCAAUUCACGCAUGGCGAUUCAUGGGCAGCCAAAACAUUAGCCGGUAUCACUCUUGGUCUCUUCACUGGCGUCCUUGCAUACUUCGCCUUCAAAAUCUGGCAGACGGCGCGUCAACUGAAGCAGAUCGAUGGUGACGCAUCGGCGCUUUACGAAGAUAAGGAGAUGUGGCUGAAAUACAGUCUCUUCUACGAUAGCUACAAGAAGGAUUUCUGGUGGCUUUUCAUCCCCGUUAUCAUAUAUGCGUUUGCAAAGGGCUGUGUAUUAGCUGCUGCUGAUGGCCAUGGCUUGGCUCAAACAAUUUGCCAGUUGGUUAUUGAGUGUUUAAUGCUUGGUCUACUUGCUUGGCAUCGGCCCUACGAGAGACGAUCCGGAAAUAUCAUCAACAUAUUCAUCCAAGUCGUGCGAGUGCUCUCAGUUGUGUGCAUCCUUGUCUUCGUAGAGGAGCUUGGCAUUACACAAACAACCCAAACCGUGACGGGGGUCGUCUUGAUAGCGGUGCAAUCGGCUUUGACCGGAGCGCUGGCCAUUCUUAUCGCUGUCAAUGCUAUUAUAAUAUGCAUCAAAGAGAACCCUCACCGUAAGAGGCGUAAGGAAGCUGAAAAACUCAGCCGCGAUCUCGACAAUCUCACCCCUCUUGACGCACGAAACUCAUUACUCCUAGACCCCGCAGCGCGGUCUAAUGUCACAUACGUGAACGACUUCAAAUGGCCUUUCGUCAGUCAAUCUAGCGUGGAGAGUUUCAACUUCACGACCGAGCCAGCGAACCCUUACACCAGAACAGCGCCUUCCAGGCCGUACCGGAAAUCGCACGGCGCCCGCGGUCAGGGAUCCUUGGACAGCAGCGAGAGCCUCAUCCAGCACGCAGCUCCAUUCGGCGAAGAUAAUCAACCGCACGGGCUGGCGGUAUCGGAUCCUCCUGCCUAUUCGCCUGGUGAUUAUAAAGGCAUCGCCUACUGAUCGGGAUCAUCGAGGCUUCAUGAUUUCUUUUGGCGGGAAUAGCGGUUUGUAGAAAUUGGGUAUAGGUUCAUGAAUUGCAUUGUAUUUGGAGCGGGUAUGGGUGGAAGGCUUUAAAGCGAGCGAGCGAGCAUCUUUGAUUUGAGCCCUUUGGAGAUAUAUUCGGGCAACAUAUGUAUAUACAUAACUAGGAAUGGACACAAUCUUUUUUACGUCGGAUUAAGCUGCAUGAAGAAGUAUUAUUAGAUAGGAGAAGGGCCAAAAAGUCCCAUAUGAGUCUUACUUGACC